AAACUUAACUUUAUAAAUAAUUAUUAGUGUACAUGUAUUAUUAGUACGUAUUCAUGUAUUUCAACCAAUUUAACAUCUAUUUACAGCACGUUCUUUUGUUUCCGAUAUUUUGUUUAUAUACGUUCGUGUGUCUCUAUAUAUAUAUAUAUGUACUCGCCCCUUCUGCCAAUCUGACAUUCUCUCUUAACUCCACAAAUAUAUAAAAUAUGGAUAACAAUAAAGCUCCACCGCCGCCGCCGCCGCCGGAGCUCGACAUAGACAACCUUCGCGCCACCAAAGUACUCGGCAAAGGCGCCACCGGCACUGUUUUCCUCGUCCCCGACAAUUCACGCGGCGGCCAACCCUUCGCCCUCAAGGUGGUCGAGAAAUCCUCCGCCCACAGCAAGCACCACGCCGACCGCCGCGCCCGCCACGAGAUAUCCGUCCUCAGCCGCUUCUCCGCCGCCGCGGAGCCUCACCCUUUCCUCCCCCACCUGAUUGGCUCCGCCGAGAAUCAGGAGUUCAUCUGCUGGGCCAUACCCUUCUGCCCCGGCGGAGACCUGAACGUGCUCCGGCACCGGCAGAACGACCGCGUUUUCUCCCCCGCCGUCAUCCGCUUCUACUUGGCCGAAAUCAUCUGCGCCGUCGAACACCUCCACGGCCAAGGCAUUGUGUACAGAGACCUCAAGCCGGAAAAUAUCCUCGUGCAACAGUCCGGUCACGUGACACUCACGGACUUCGACUUGUCACGUGACUUGGUCCCCAGAAAAUCCGGAAUCUUCUACUCCGACACCGACGAAGAAAAAUCAUCCAAACAAUACCCGCAGGCGAAGGGGAGUAAGAUCACGCGCUUCGUAAUUCCCAAAAGAGGUAAUAAUAAGAAGGGGGUGAAGAAGGCGAAGAGCGCGCGUGUUUCUCCCGUCAGCCGUAGAAACCCUAACGAAUUAAUCUCAGCCAACGAGCGCUCCAAUUCAUUCGUCGGCACCGAGGAAUACGUCUCGCCGGAGGUCAUACGCGGCGACGGCCAUGAAUUCGCCGUCGACUGGUGGGCCCUAGGCGUCCUCUGCUUCGAAAUGCUGUACGGUGCCACGCCGUUCAAGGGGAAGAAUCGGAAGGACACGUACCGGAAAAUUCUCUUCGCCGAGCCGGAGUUCAUCGGUAAACCCAGCGCGUUGACCGACUUGAUCGGAAAGUUGCUCGAAAAGGACCCCACGCGCCGCCUGGGGUACCACGGCGGCGCGUCGGAGAUCAAGGAGCACGAGUUCUUCCGGGGGCUGAAUUGGGAUUUGCUGACGGAGGUGCUGCGGCCGCCGUUUCUGCCGUUAAGGGACGAAGAGGAGGCGGCGGAAGGUGAGAUUGGCAUAAGGGAGUAUUUUCAGAAGCUGAAGCUACCGCCGCCGUCGCCAUUACGGUCGCCGUCACUGGAUGAUUGUAGUAACGGUUUGUCAUUAACGGAGUUCUGACUGACACGCACGUGUAAAGGGCUUUGAUUUUAAUUUGUUUUUCUUCUGUAAUUAUUAAUUUUAUAUUAUCUGUAAAUAAAAUAAGGGUAUGACUGGAAACUUGGCGUUAAUUAAGGGAUAGGUGUCAGUGGUUAGAUAUUAGAGAUGAGAAUUAGAUUUGAUGUAAUUUAAGCUAAUCAUAGUUGAAUUGGUGGUCUACUCCCACACGGUGGCGCGUGGUAUAUAAUCACCACACAGCGGUUUAAAAGGCUGCUGCUUGUAAUGAUGUCCAAGAUUUUAUCGUGUACCAUUGGAAUUUUAAUAUUCAUGGUUUCAAGUUUUAUUA